UGCGCCCGCGGGGGCGCCGGGACGCACCGGCGGCGCCGCCAGCAGCAGCAGCAGCAGCAGCGCAAGUUCCAGUACGGAAACUACAACAAGUACUACGGCUACCGCAACCCUGGCUGGAGCGAGGACCCGCGCGUCAGGGUGCUGCGGCCCGAGUGGUUCCGGGGCAAGGCCGUGCUGGACCUGGGCUGCAACACGGGCCACCUGACGCUGACCCUCGCCAAGAACUGGCAGCCGGCCCGCGUCACCGGCCUGGACAUCGACGGCGCGCUGGUGCACGCCGCGCGGCAGAACGUCCGGCACUACCUGUCCGAGCUGGCGGCCGAGGAGGCGCGGCAGCGGCGCAGGGAGGGGGCGGCGGAGCAGGAGCGGGGUCGGGAUCCGGGUCAGGAACGGAAGCAGGAGCCGGAUCGAGCACGGGAUCUGGAUCGGGAUCAGGAGCAGGAUCACCAGCACGAGCAGGAGCUGGAUCGGGAUCAGGAGCAGGAUCGCCAGCACGAGCAGGAGCUGGAUCGGGAUCACCAGCAGGAUCGGGAGCAGGAUCACCAGCAGGAUCGGGAGCAGGAGCAGGAUCGUGAGGGAGCCUCUCUGGGGAACCAGGAGGAGGAGGCGGCCAUACAGGUGCAGCAGGAGGAGCAGGAGGAAAAGAGGACGGGGAACGUGGCAGAAGACUCCACCGGCUCCCAGAGCCGCCUGCCUGCGCCUCCCGCCGCCAGACACCCCUUCCCCAUCUCUCUGCGGAUCUGCCGGGGGCCCAUCGCCGCCCCGCCUGUGGCUCAGCCCGCCCCCUCGGCUCCGGGAGACUUCCCCGCCAACGUCACGUUCGUGCAGGGUAAUUAUGUCCUGCCCAAUGACGAGCUCCUCGUGUCCCAGAAGCCAGAGUACGACGUCAUCCUGUGCCUCAGCAUGACCAAGUGGGUGCACCUGAACUGGGGUGACGCCGGCCUGCAGCGCCUCUUCAAGCGCGUCUACCGCCACCUGCAGCCAGGGGGCAUCUUCAUCCUGGAGCCCCAGCCCUGGGCCUCGUAUGGCAAGAGGAAGAAACUAACGGAGACCAUCUAUAAGAACUACUACAGCAUCCGUUUCAAGCCUGACCAGUUCAGCUCCUACCUGACCGGGCCGGAGGUGGGCUUCUCCAGCUACGAGCUGAUCGGGACGCCCAAGAGCUCCUCGAAAGGGUUCCAGCGGCCGAUCUACCUGUUCCACAAAGGGCCCUCGUCUGCGCGGAAGUAGCCCACGAGCCCGUGAGCCGGACAGCGGAGCUCGGCGGAGGAGGACGCGGAGAGACGCCAACUCGGCCCCCCGACACCCGACGCAAACCAGCACAUGACUUUUCCGCGGGUGGGGGGGGGGGGUCAGCUGGGCGGGCGUCCGGAUUAGCUGGACAAGAUGCCCACAGAGCGACACCGGGGACCGAGACGAUGACACGCCUCAUUUUCGACGCAGAGGUGUUCAAACUCCAUUUGCGUGCUUUGACAACCCCUUGUUGAUUUUUUUUUUUUGCGUUUGAUUUUUUUUUCCCCACAAUGGAACUGUUAAUAAAAGAAGUAAAACCGCCGGCGCUCCUGGGUUUGGAAUGCAGGGCAGCUCUCCCUACGGCUUUGUCUUUUUACCAGUUCCAGAUGAUCUCCGGCUCGGACCCCCUGACUUCAAGGAAGGAGCAUCUCUGUAGUGCUGGGGAGAGUCGCCCCCGGUCUGCUGCAGCUUGUUGUGGGGUCAGGGGUCAGGGGUGAGGACAGCCCAUGUGGGGCCCGGUGAAGGGACAUAUGGCUGGGCUUGCGCUGACAUUGGGGGCGCCUGCAGGGCCAGCCCGAACCCCCUGGCUGCCAGAGGCUGGAGCCCUGCGCCUUCUCGGCCUCGAGGGCUCUUUCGGGAAAGGGCGAUCCGUCUCCGGGAAGGCUGGUGCGCGACCUUUGCCCCGUCUUCCUGACUGUUCACCUGGAGGUUUGACGCUUGUUCAACAUGGAUUGUAUUCAGCUGUUCUUGCUUUUUGCAGAGGAUUCUCUGCCUGGGCUGUCAGCCUUAAAGAUGGGGGGGGCAAUAAAGAAAUAUGUCUUUCAGAUACAGAAAGGGGUGUUGUUUGAGCCACUGGGGGUACCUAGUCAUCCUGCCUUCUGGAAUUCGUAAAGGAAAGGGCUCAUGAGCCAGCUGUGCCUACUGGUUCUCCAAGCAGGCAGUGUGCCGGAGAGCUCACAUGACUACUAGGUUACAGGACAGCAGAGCGCUAUACUUUUUCUUGCACACAGGACAGCAGAGCGCUAUACUUUUUCUUGCACACAGGACAGCAGAGCUCACAUGACGUCCACUGUACAGGACCGCAGAACUUGCGCUUUUAGUGCACAGGAUGGCCAAGCUCACGUGACUACUGGGAUACAUAUCAGAAGAGCUUUCACUACCUCUAGUGCACAGGACACAAGCUCCUGUGACCUCUAGCACACAGGACAGCAGAGCUCAUGUUUCCUCUAGUGCACAGGACAGCAGACCUCAUGUGACCUCUAGCGCACAGAACAGCAGGCCUCAUGUGACCUCUAGCACACAGAACAGCAGAGCUCACGCUUCUAGUGCAUAGGACAGCAGAGCUCAUGCUUCCUAUAGUGCACAGGACAGCAGAGCUCAUGUGACCUCUAGCGCACAGAACAGCAGGCCUCAUGUGACCUCUAGCACACAGAACAGCAGAGCUCACGCUUCUAGUGCAUAGGACAGCAGAGCUCAUGCUUCCUAUAGUGCACAGGACAGCAGAGCUCAUGUGACCUCUAGUGCACAGGACAGCAGAGCUCAUGACUACUGGGAUACAUAUCGGCAGAGUUCACACAACCUCUAAUGCACAGGAAACAGCAGAGCUCACGCUUCUAGUGCAUAGGACAGCAGAGCUCAUGAGACCUAGCGCGCAGGACAGCAGAGCUCACGUGACCUCUAGCGCGCAGGACAGCAGAGCUCAUGUGACGUCUAGCACGCAGGACAGCAGAGCUCACGUGACCUCUAGCGCGCAGGACAGCAGAGCUCAUGCGACCUCUAGCAUACAGGACAGCAGAGCUCAUGAGACCUAGCAUACAGGACAGCAGCGCUCAUGUGACCUCUAGCACACAGGACAGCAAAGCUCACAUGACCUCUAGCGUACAGGACAGCAGGGCUCACAGAUGCAAAACAGUAAAGGUCAUAUGAGCCCCCCAAGCUUGAAUUUGGCAGAGCGCCCACUGGGCUGGGGUGAGUUAGCCCGUGCUUUCCCGAAUUUUGGCAAAAUAUUCCCCCUGCUCCUCCAUUGCCUCGUCAUCAUCAGCUGUGGGCCUUGAGCGGUUUGUAUUUUUCAUCUGUAUGAUACCCGUUGAUCUCUACAGAGAAGCUGGAGAGUGUUGUCAUUGCCAGCGUUCUCCUGGGUUCCAGCUCGGGCCUCCUGUCUUGCAGAGAGCCGGGACGUGCACCCAGGCCAGGCCGUGAUGACUGCGGCCAGCCCCUGGUCUCGAGAGCGCGGGGUAGAACUUUUCAGUGCCGCAGCUCCAGUUGUGGAGCGGUCGAUCUAUAGGGAGAUCAGAGAGACAGAAAUAUGACACGAGGUAUUGAACCCUGUUGCCCCGUGGCCAGAGAGACUGUAAGAGAUCAGAUUGUCUUCUUAUCUUUCUUUGUUGUUGUUUUUUUUUUUAACAAUGAUUGCCAUUAAAGUUUGAGUGGCCACCCUCCGAA